AUGGGAUUUUUGCAGCACAGGAAGAGGAAUUCUUGGGUGAUCACUCGAGCAACCGAUGCUGCUCUGGAGUUUCAGCGGAUCAAUGAUCGCCAUAUUCAGUCUCAUCAGACCAGAAACAUUGGUGCCGAAUUCUGGGUGACACCAAAAGAGAAUUUUGUCAAAGUUAAUUUUGAUGGGGCUUGGUCGGCCAGUGACAUUACUGCUGGCAUUGGCACUGUGAUCCGUGACCAGUUCGGAUCUUUCUGUGCAGGGUCGGCAGCUCCUAUUCUUUGUCAGUCAGCUCUUGCAGCUGAGGCUGAGGCGGCUAUUAGUGGCUUACACUUGGCUGCUAUAAAUGGUAACAAGAAGGUGAUCAUGGAGUCCGAUUCUAAAGUCCUCAUUGAUGGGAUCAAAGGAGGUAUGAGAAAUUGUGCAUGGGGUAUAUUCCCUCUCAUUCUUCACACACUUCUAGACGGAGCUUUUGAAAUGGCAAUCAACAGUAAUAUAUUGACAAGAAAGUUUCACCUAAACACUGUUUCAUUGACAUUGAGCCCAAUUGACUUUCCUUUUGGUUAUUGCCUUGUGUGA